UCUCACGCUGCUGCUGCUGCUGCUGCUGCCGUGCUGUGUGAGUCCCAGCAGCUCAGCAUGGAGUACACUUUGGUGGGCUGGACUUGGCCUUCGCACAGAUAUCCCAGCUCAGAGAUGAUGUCUUUUUUCUUGAAAAUACUGUAAAUUACUCAAAGCAAGAGCACUUUGGUACAAAAGAAUCUACACAGAAGCCACCAAAGAAAGAAAUGAUGACACAAACAACUACUCACCUGCUUCCAAUUGUACCUCAGACUGGCAUUCAGCUUUUGCUGAAGGAUACUACGAGAGACUCAACCACGAUGCCUUUGUCAAGUCAGAAGGAAAUAUCUGAAGACAUAUUUCAAAUAUCAAUACCCUUCUUGAAGAGUCGGUCAGAUUUCCAAGUAUUCUUCUAUGGAGCAGACAAGGAUGCAAAUGGCUUUCUUACAUAUGAUGAAAUUAAGAAAGUGCUUGGAGACGAGACUCCAAUCGAAGACAUGCUACUUCAAUUUGACAAAGAUCAAAAUAGAAUGUAUUCCUACACUGAACUCCUCAGAACAUUCCAUCUUAAAGAAUAGAAAAACACAAGAGAAUAUGAAGAAAGCAACAGGCAAGGCAGCAACAGCAAGGCAAAAGGCAUUUAAUGAUUGCUUUGUUCC